AUAGGAGAGGUGACACCUAUGUGCAGUUACAGGCCCGUCCACUUGGCAGCAUCACAGUCGCCGUUUUCUACCAAUCAAAUCAUCGAGCCCCAACGCCAUUAUAUAUGCGAACGUGUUUCGUAAAAAUGAGGUUAAUUGGUCGUGAUGUAUUCUUAUCAAGGAAUAUAGGAGUAGAAUUAUAAUUGAGUUAUGAUUUUAGAAAGUUAAGCUGAAGAUAAUUCACAGAGGUUCACAGUUAGAAUUAGGAAUGGCACGAAAAAAGGUUUUUUGUGUUCCGGGCUGUGAAGAUACGGACUCGUAUAGACACAGGAUACCUAAUCUGAUUGUAUAUAUAAAAUAUGGCUCAACAGAAUGACUGUCUCUUAUAAUGAAGGGUAGCCUUCUAAAGUGAAAACCUGCAAAAAAUUUCAGUAAUGUUAGUUGAUAUAUCAUUAAAUACUCAGAAAUGUUGUUCCUCCACUAUAAAAAACACUGAAAAAUGAAUGUAGCAUUUUGCUAGUGUACGGUCAGUUGUUAAGUUAGCUAAUGAAAAUCAAAUUAAUUGUCUUUUGUGUUUUAAAAUGUUAAAUUGUAGGUGUGUUUCGUAAAAAUUACAUUUAGGUACUGUCAUGUAAGGUGUGUGAUUUGAUUGAAUUGAUAGGCCCGUAUUUUAAAAAUUUAGAUAUUAUUAAUAUUAUACACUGUAGGAUAUAUAAUAUAUGUAGUCAACUAUCUGUUGUAUAAUUUUUACAUUUGUUUUUUGUUUUUUCAUAUGAGAGACUUCUUGUGGGCUGGGUGUGAAAUUCUUCAAAGAUGUGACACCAAAGGCAAGUGCUUUGUACAAUCAUGCUUCAAGCCUAAAGAGAAAAACUAUGCAGAUGUGACGGAGGACCAGGCGUUUCAGAUCACGUGGUAGUUUAGCUGAAACGUUCAGUAAAACAAAUGGUUGGAAUGAUCUCAUUAACAAGACAGAUAAGAACACUUACAAUUUCAUAUGCAACCAACUUUUGAAUUGCAAACGAAAGCCGAAAGGAAGGCGUUUCACACUGGAAGACAAAAUAUUUGCUCUCUCUCUGUUUAAUUAAAGUCCUAAGGGGUACAAAUUGUUGGCAAGAUAUUUUUCGCUACCCUCUAAACAAGUGUUGCGCUCACUCCUAGGAAGAUUGCCAUAUCUACCCGGUAUAAACAAAUCCAUUUUCAAACAUCUGGAAAAAGUGGUUGCUGGAAUGACUGAGCGAGAUAAAUUUUGUGUUCUCAUGUUUGAUGAGGUAAAACUUUAGGCCCAUGUGUCUUACAAUGAGAAACUAGAUUUAAUAGAGGGUUUCGAAAAUUAUGGAUUGGGAGAUCAACGGUGUAAAUUUGCAGAUCAUGCAUUAGUUUUUAUGCUGCGUGGAAUUAGUGGUAAAUGGAAACAUCCAGUUGCAUUUAUGUUUAGUGAAGCCACCACUGACACUAUAACACUAGUUAAAUGUAUCAAAGAUGUAAUUUCUGCAGUUCAAAAUACUGGGUUGAAAAUUUUGGCAACCAAGUGUGAUCAGGCAACGACAAAUGAAGCUGGCAUGAUGAAGAAAACAAGUAUUUUGGGUUCUUGAUCAAUGGUGUGGAAAUCAUUGCAUUAUUUGAUCCGCCUCACCUUCUAAAGGGCAUCAGGAAUAAUCUUUUAGUAAAAAAAUCUGAAUUUUGUGUGGAAGAAAGGAAAGCAGUUGGCAUCGUGGAAAUACAUAGAACAGUUUUACGAUUUGGACUGUGUUAAAGACCACGACCUAAGGACUUGCCCAAAGCUGACUUAUGAGCAUGUUAAGAUUCGUGUAAUUCAGGGGCGUAUUCUCCAUGAAUGCAAUGCAUGCAGUGCAUGCUCUAAAUGAAACUAAUAUUUUAUGGGCAUUGUGGCAUUGAUCACUAUCUCGCUGUUUAGUUCUGUAAUUGUUUUUUGCUUAAGUUAUUCCCUUUUCUUUAUAGCUAAUCUUGUUCCGUUCACGAUUUGUGCGACGUGUGGCAAACAAAUGCAUUAGCGCUACCUACUGACUACAGCGUGAAUGAUACUUGUAAUAGUUCCUCAGAUUGUCGCGGUACGGCGCUGUGGUGUUCUCAACAGCCACUCUACAGAUGUGACGUCACUACCAACUCUCGCGAAGACGGGGUCGCAUGCAUGCACUAGUUGCUUCUGCAUUCACUGAUCAGUAACAAAGCGCGGCCGCGAACGAGUCCAUUUAGUGUCUGUUUAGUCAGGUUUUUUUUUUAAUUAAAUGUUUGGGUUAGAAUUAUAUAACAUUCGUAGACACAUUUAGUUGUAAUUCAACUCUUAAUUUUACUAUUUUUCCUUUUCACUGCAAUCUUAACGCGUGCGGCGUGGGUGCUUGUCGCAGCUUGUGUUAAGCUUAUGUGUCACGUGGGAGGUUGCAGGUGCUUGAAGGUGACAUUUUAUUCAGCAUGAACAGAAGUAGAUUGUAUGAUGGUUAGUGAUUUAGUGAUAAGUUUACAAUUAAGUUUGUUGUAAAAUUGUAGUUUUGCAAGAUGAAUAACUGUAAAAAUGACGUCGUAGAGACUAUUUUUAAUAAACCUUAUCAAUCAUGUUCAUUUGAUGAAAAGUUAGAAAUCGUUAAAAACGGGCGCCCCACGCCAGCGCUUAGCAAUCUAAAAACAGAUAACAAAACUAAAAAUUUUGUACGGACAUUUAAUCCUGAGCUUUAUAACAAAAUUGUGUGGUUAUGUGGCAGUGAAACAUUAACAAAACUCUUCUGUUGGCCAUGUUUGUUGCUUGCAAAUGAAAAAUCACCCUGGAACAGUAAAGACCGGGGUUAUUCAGAUCUUAAUAAUUUGCACACAGCAAUUUCAAGGCAUGAAAAGUCAGUCUCUCAUCAUGGUUGCUACAGAAAUAGAAUCUUAGAAUUCCCUGACUUUUCCCUGUUUUCCAGAAAUUUAAGAGAAAAAUUCCCUGACUUUCUUAUGAAGUACAUACCAUAAAUAUUAACGUGCAUAUGAUUAAAAGUAAUAUAAAAAUUUCAACAUGAGGUAAAAUAAAGUUUUUUUAUUGUGUUAUUUUGACGGCAGAAUUGUGAAUAUGUUUUUUUCCUUCGACAUGGCUGGUGAGAACUCUUCGGCCCAUAUUGCUGAGUUGAAUACUUUUGUAGCACAAAGUGCAGUAUGCAGAAUUUAUGUUUUUAGCAGAGGGUUUGAUAUGCUGAAACUGUGACUCCUUGAACCAAUUAUCCUUAAAAGUAGUUUUCUUCGACAUCUCUAAGCUAAAAAAAAGUACAUAUUAAUAUUUUCAGGAUAGGUUAAAAAGUUAUUGUUUAUGAAUUCUUAAAAAAAUAUUACUACACAAAUACAAAAACUAUUACAAAUUCACACCUAGUAAUAUAAUGGGCCUACUUAGAGAAUUACAAUAGCAGCAUUACAACAUGCAAUACUCUUACAUUAUUACAAUGUUAACUAACGAUUCUGGGGAAAAACAUGUUCAGUUAUGCAUAUUUUUUAUACACAAUGUAAAUGUCACGCAACAAAACUCACGGAUUAUAACGGUUGAAAAAAAAAGUAAUUAAAAAAAUAGUUAGAAAAAAUGCAAAAACAUAACCGCACACAAAAGCCACGUGUUUUUGCAUCAGCUUGGUAGUUUUCAAAAUGAGAAUUGGUAUUGCUUCUUUAUCAAAAUGCACUUUAUUUUCUUAUGAUCGCAUCAAAAACUAACUUCACCUGAAACAACGCCUUUAAAUUCACGGAAUAAGCUUUGUACUCACAUUAUUCCACGUGAAAAUAGCCUUCAAAAGAUAAACGACGCCAUACCCGUUCUGUAGUUCACUGCAUGGAACGGAACAAAACACAAAGUCUCAAGGGCAAAUUAAAAAGGAUCAAAACACGAACAAAUGAAGGCCGGGUUCGCUAGUGAACAAACGAGUGCCUGGAUUGGCCAGAAGUUAUGGUGGGUGGUUCUAACAGCCUAUUGCAAGGGACAAUCGUAGACCAAGUAAAAAAAAAGUUGCAGUUGCCGUGUGCCUUAAGCAGCAGCCUUUUAGCGGAGUCGUUCGGUAGCAAUACGAGCGCAUCAAAACAAAGCUUUGUUUGAAUAAUAAGCAACUUUAAAAUCUCCAGAAUUCGUAGAAUUUUCCCUGACAUUUCCCGGAAUUCCCUGACCAUUUUAAUUUCCCUGACAUUUCCCGGUUUUCCCGGUUUUCUAGUCCUGUAGCAACCAUGCUCAUAUACAUGCGUGGAUAUCACUCGGUACAUUCAGCAAAAGUAGGGUUGACUUGCAACUGGAUUCACAGAAACGUGCAAGCAUUUUAAAACACAAUGAAACUGUAAAACAGAAUCGGGAAAUACUGAAGAGACUGACUGCAGCUACAUGCUUUUUAGGGCAACAGGAACUGUCAUUUCGAGGACACAGGGAAAACAGUGAUUUUAACAAUCGAGGCAAUUAUGUAGAGCUAGUUCAUUUGUUGGCUGAGUUUAACGACAAAUUGAGAGUCCACUUGUCUACAAGCUCUGUGUUCACUGGAUUAUCACCAAUAAUUCAAAAUGAUUUAAUUCAAAGUAUCAAUGAUGUAAUGAUUUCGGAAAUAAAAAAUGAGAUUAAAGAAGCAACGUUUGUUGCUAUUUUGCUUGACGAAACAUGUGAUGUAACAAAUUUUUCACAGCUAUCAAAAGUGUUAAGAUAUGUGUACAAAGGGGAAGUAUACGAAAGGUUCGUAGGCUUUCAUGAUGUCAGUGGAGACAGGUCAGCAGAGGCACUAGCAAAACUUGCAAUAGACACUCUUGAAGUAUUUCAAUGUAAGGACAAACUGGUCGUGCAGACGUAUGAUGGUGCGGCGGUCAUGGCCGGACAUUUGAAUGGUGUGCAGGCAAAAGUUAGAGAAGUGAUUCCUCAUGCUGUAUUUGUACAUUGUUAUGCCCACAAGUUGAAUUUGGUGUUAUCGCAAGCAGUUUCAUGUAUAAGUGCAUGUAGAGUGUUUUUUGCUAACCUUAGCGGCUUUGUAAGUUUUUUGGUUCAUUCCUCAAAAAGAACCAAUUUAUUAGACACUAUAGUGCAGAAGAGAUUUCCUAAACUUGCACCGACAAGAUGGAGUUAUUCAAGUCGCUUAGUUCAGACUGUCGCUGAUCAUAAAGUAGAACUUGAAGAACUGUACGAGCACAUUUUAGAAAAUCCGGAAGACUGGAACACAACUGCUAUUAACGAAGCUCGUGGAUUUCUUAUGAUGUUAAGGGAUUUUCAGUUCAACUUCUUGUUGUGUGUAUUUGGAGAGUUAUUUUCGUUGACAGAUGUUACAUUUAACAUUGUGCAGUCAAAAUACUUGGACAUUACAUUUUGCAGCAAAGAAGUUGAAGCUCUGAAGGAUAAGCUAAACACAAAGAGAAAUUGCGGUUUUGAUAAAAUAUGGUUGAAAACUGAAACCGUAUCUGACUGUGAGCCUGCAAGGAAGAAAAGAAAAGGAAACUGCUCAGAAGCCACUGUAAAGGACGAUUUUAGGAGGAUGUACCUUGAGAUUUUGGACACAGUAAUCAUGCAGCUGAAUAUUCGGUUUCAAUCGUUGCAUGAUUUGAAGUUCAUUGAGAUGUUUGAUUCAAAAAAAAUCUCAACAUUCUCAGAUGUUUUCCCCGAGGAGGCAUUUCAAAAAUUACGGACACUCUAUGGAAAAUUUUUUGAUAUUGUUAGGCUGAAAUCUGAAUUGAGUGCUAUGUUUACAUCUAAACAAGUUUGAGGGAAAGACAGUGCAAGAAAUGCACCAUUUCCUGUAUAAAAAUGAACUCCAAAGUGGACUUCCAGAACUCUAUAAACUGUGUGUAAUGGUUUCAACUAUUCCUGCUACAUCGUCAUCCGUAGAACGUUCGUUUUCUGCACUAAGACGAAUAAAAUCAUUCACAAGAAAUGCGCAAGGACAAAGUCGUUUGUCUAUACUCUUUAUCAUGUCCAUAGAAAAAUAUCUGUUGGUGCAGAUGAAAGCCCGCAACUCGUUUUUCGACGAAGUCACGGAGCAGUUCUGCAGGAAAAACCUUAGAGCCGAGUUCCAUUAUAAGUAAAUACAUGGUGAGUGACAAUUUGAUAUCUUUGUUAAUUCUUCUCUCUAAGUUUAUCACAAAAAAUUUAAUGUUGUUACUACUUUUAUGUUUAUUUAUUUUUUUAAAAAACUGCCUAAACAGCACCAUUUUGCUCCCUGAAAACCAAAAUUUUCCGGGAGAGGGCCCCCGGACCACCCUUCUUCCGCGGGGGGGGGGUUUGGAUCUAUUCUAUAUUGCAUGCGUUACCAAAUUUGUCAGGAUACGCCCCUGGUGUAAUUAAGAAGAUGAAAGUGAGCACAUGUGCCCAGGUCCUCAGUCAAAGAGUCUCAUCAACAAUGAGAAUGCUUGCUACUUGGGGUGAGUCUAGAAAAUUUUAUAUUGUAAGGUCUUUGGUGCACCUAGUGGGUCGUCCGUGUAGCCCCACCCGGUAGCUGCCUGCAUGCCAUUGGCUAGUGGUCGCCCGCGCGACGCAAAACUGUGGCGUCGGCGAGGUGCCGGGGGGAGUCGGGAGCAGGCAGCCACUGAGAGAGGACGGACCUGGGCUCAUGAGGCCUCGCUCGCGGGUGGACCCACAGUCACACGACACGUGGUGUUUGUGUUUAGGAGUAAUCCUAAUAAAUGGGUUCAAAAGUACGUAAUGCGCGUUAUUAUUAACUCGCCUUUGGUAAUUCCCGAUAAACGUCACACCCCCCUCCCCUUGUCUGUUGGGGGCGGGCGGUACACCAGGGGCGGUAGCACUGUGCCGAGGCACAGUGACCAGGACCCGUCAACGGCAUCGAAGAUCAACCAUUACAAUAUAUCUUUAGCCUUUAUAUUUUUGUCUGCUUUGUUGUGUAAGAGUUAUGUUUUGUUUUUGAUUCAAACUUUUAGUUUUGUAGGUUACAUAUUAUUACUAGGAUAUUUGGAAUGCAUUUUACUGAUGACAAGUACGCCUAUUGUUAGUCACAUGAGUAUAUCUGUGUAGGGCAAGAAAGUGAUGCCAUAACACCUAAAACAGAAAGCUAUGAUGCUUUGGUUUUUGUUACUGACUUAUUUCAAAAUUCUGAAUGAGAAACUACGCACUACCAUUUUCAAUUGUAUUUAUGUUAUAUUUAUAUUUGUUUAACACAUGUUGAGGAAUAUUAUAAUCACAACAAUUUUUUGACAUUUAAAAUGAUGCUCAUUUUCUUAGUGUAAGGCUAACAAGUUCAUUCUCGGUACGUUAGUUUAAGGAAUGGCUCUAGGAUAUGAAAUAAUUUAUUGGUCCUGAAGUAUAGUCUUUUGCAAAUCUUAUCAAAAUAACAAUUAUUUUAGGAAACUGUGUUAAAGUAUUUUGGGAUAAUAUAUGAAAGUUUGAUAAUGUAAACAUUGUGAAUGUAUCAACUAAGAUGAUACAUUCACAAUAUUUACAUUAUAAAACUUCUACAUGAUUUUACUCAUUACACAGUUUUCUAAAAUAAUUUUUAAUUUUGUUAAUGUUUCUGACUAGUUGUAUUUCAGGGCAAGACUAAAUUAUAAGAAAAUGUGCAAGUCCUUGUAUAUAAAGUGCUCUUUAUUGCAUUUCCAUUAUCACUGGCAUCAUUUUCUUGUUGUAGACCCUACUACAUGCAGUUAUUUUUAUAAUAUAAUUUUGUUAGGAUAUGUUUCAAAUGAUUUAUAUUAACAUGCUCAAUAAGAUGUAUGGUUUUUGAUGUCUUAUCAUUAAUUGUAUAUUUUGAUUGCAUUUGGCCAGACAGCCACUAUUGGCUAUCUUAUAUGUUUAUUUCAUUUUGAAAGCUCAUCUUUCUAUAAUUGCCGUCCAAACGAGAGGCCGACUUCAGGUAGUCGGUGGGAACUAAGGUGUUUGUGUAUUAAAAAAAAAAAAUACAUUCAACAGGGAUUAUGAAGGUAGUUUCCAAUAAGAGAAAAUUUAAAUUCAAGUUUUACUUAAGCCCAGAGCAUAAUUAAGUUACACAAUACACAAUAACAAACUUAAAGACUACAUGCUCGUGAUUACCAAAAUGAGAGAAGAAGAAGGAAUAAAUCCCUGACGGCUGCUUAUAUUGAAUCGGCGCGGCACAGCGCGGAUGCGCCAACCCCGAGAGGGGAGGCGAGGAGAAACAAAACACAACACUAAGAGGGGGAAGGAUGCGCCGACGCCCGCAGUGAAGCGCGAAGUUUGAAGGCAGCGGACCUGACUGCUGCAAUUUCAAUAAUGAUAUUUGGGCGGAAGGUGUGGUUAUUUAUCCUUUUGUGUACUUUGGGGUUUUACGUAUGAAACUGACAAUCUGCAUGACAGUUUUACUCGUCCACCUUUAUGUGACAUGUAACUUCUAUAAUUUUGUAAUUUGCCAUAUUAUUUAAUUUUUAUUUUUGCAGGACGAGAUGAUUGUAAUUUGCCCAAAGAAGCUGUAGACACUGCAGAUUUACUUCUGUUUAUGAACCAACUCUUCGACAGUAUCAACGGGGUUCCUAUUCACCCAGUAAAAGGAAAAUCCUUAAGAUGUUCAGUAUCUGACACAUCACCACAUCUCAAGUUCUGGCGAGAAGCUGAUUCUAUCUGACACAUCACCACAUCUCAAGUUCUGGCGAGAAGCUGAUUCUGUUUUGAAGUCAUUUGUUUUCAUUGACAGUCGAGGUAAGCACAGCUCUCCACCUUCUUUUCGCAACUGGAUAACAACAUUGAUCGGCCUUGUGAUUGUUUGGGGUAAACUAAAGACUCGUGGCUUCAGGUCCAUGGUGCCUAGAAUCUUCAAUCAAGAUCCAAUGGAAUUUCCUCUAUAAGAAGCCAUGGCAUCAGGAAUGUAAUGCCUACAUGUGCGGGAUUUGUCUCUUCAUUCCAGAGUAUUUUGAUAAAUAAUUUUACGACAACUCAUUCUAUCCACGCCAACUGUGCUAGAGAUGACACACUGGGGUCACUGGACACACUUAAAGACUUCAUCACUGGUCAUGUUAACCAUACAAUUACAAACAGCAAGCCAGAUUGUUUUACCCCAUAUUGGACAUUGCUAACGAUGAAAUGGAAAACAUAAUUCUCUUUCCACUGCCACUCAGGCUUAUGUCAGUGGAUACCUAGCCAGGAAAGUCUUCAGGAAGUGUAAGGAUUGUGAAAUCUGUCGGAAUAUUUUAUUCAGCAAUGGACCAGGACCUGGCAGCGAAGUGAUUGAAGCUAGGAUGUAUACAGCAAAGACUUUGUGCUAUUCGAACACUGCUUUUUCUAAAAUUGGUCUCAUUGUCGCUAAAGUAGUUUCUCAGUAUCUACCCAUACUGUGCAGUAGAGCUAAUGUCAAAAUUCACUUUUGACUGUUAUUUUAACAGAAUUUGACUGUUAUUUUAACAUGCAGUGAACAUGAUUUGUGUAAGUAUGUGCUAGAUCUGGCUCUCCGUUUGCACAUACAUAAUUAUUGCAAAAUAAUUAAUAGAAUACUGAUUGGCAAGCUGACCAAUGUGGUUAUUAAGGGAGACUAAAUUAAACAAGCAGCUCAGCGUAAAUACAGGAAAACUGUGAAGAGCAAGCACCUAAAGAAGUGAGAAUGGUAUAAAACAUUAUUAAACUUCACUAGCGAAUAAAUGUAUUGGUGGUUAGUGUGAAGGCGAGCACUUAAGAAAAGCCUGCCUCAUAAUUUAAGCAAAUUUCCUAUAUGCGUACAGUACCCCUUAGGUUAGUAAGUUCUGCACUCCUAGUCAGUAAAAUGUGUAUAAGAUUAUGAACUUGUUUGCAUAUAGCCAAACAUAUACUUUAGUAACUUUUAUAUUUUAGUUAUCUAAUGCUUAGAUGAAGAAUAAUCAUUGGAAGUCUUGUGAUUUACAUGCUAACUUUCAAUGUAAUUAUGUACAUAUGUAUUUGUGUAAGUAUAGUUAUCUAUAUAUGUUUUUCUUUAAUUUAAAAUAAUAUACAACUUUUCAUCUACUGUGGAAUUUCCAUACAGCAUUUGUACUGGGAAUAUGCAUUUUAUAGGAAAUUUUGUAACAUAGAUAUUGAGUGUUUCCUUUUGAGUGAUAUUGUAGAAAAAUGUCACUGUUUUAUAGCUGGUUUCUGUAUUUUGUUGUAGACUAUGUGAAUAGUUCUGUGUGUGGUAUUGAUUUUUGAAUUUCUAAUGAGUGCAUACUAAUUUGACUCUUACUAUAAAUAUUUUUGGUGUAAACAAUCAUCCCAUGUUAUGGGAAAAGUCAUACCCUUGUGUGGUACAGGUGCACAUAAUAAGUUAUUAUCUUUGUUUAUGACAUAAUCUAGUUAUUAAUUUAAUUAGUUACAAAAUGGCUCCGAUUUCAGCUUUAGCUUUAGUGUAGUUUACCAUGUGAUAAGGUUAUGUUAAAUAUUACUAAAUAUUACUGUGUGAAUGGUUGGUAAGGUUAUAUGGUAGGGUCAUAAUCUGGAGAUUCAUUAUUACUGUAGUGAGUAUUUUGCUACUUUAAUACUGAACCUACCUAAUUAAUGUUUGGAAUAUUUUGUUAUUCAGGACUCCAAACUAAAAUGUUCAGCAGUCUCAGAAUGUAAGCUAGAGACGAUGGAAAGACUCAAUGUGGGAUCCAGAAGAUCAACUACACUUCCAGUUGAGGAAACUGAUAUCGAAAAUACAUCUGCUGAUGUUGGAGAAACAUCAACCAGUGAAGCUAAUCUGCACCAGUUACAACCCAUGCAGCCUCUUGGGUGUAAUGGAGGGACAACACUGUGUUCGUCAUCAGACUGUGACAUUUUCCGACGACAGUGAUGCAGAUAGAACGUGGAAACCAGAUAGAACGUGGAAACCAGAUAGAACGUGGAAACCAGAUGAAACUGCAAUGACUGAAGAGCUUGAUGAUACACUUUAUAACACUGAUGGUGCUGUACUAUGUCAUUCAGAAGGUAACUACAUAGUUUUAAAAUAUUGUGCACCAUUGUAGAUUAUAAAUUGUGGCUGGAUUUUAUUGUGCUGUAUUCUCUGGUUUUCUUUUAAGCACCAUUUGCUGCAAAGUCCAAAGUACUUUUUUGGUAAUCAUACAAAUAGCUGCAAUUAUAGGUUGCUUAAAAUAUUAAGUCGAAAGUUUAAAAUUUUACUAUCCAUAUAAAUGCCAAAGUUAUAAAGAAUAAUAUCACAAUGUAAAUAAUUUACAUAAUUAAUCGUUUUUCUUGUUUGCUUCCAGAAUAUACCAACACUACAAGUGCUACAACAGUUGUAUUGCAAAUUUCAAACCCUGAUUAAAAGAAUGAAGAUGGAGCAAGUAUCAAAGGUCGGAAAAGGAAAUUGCAGAAAAGCCAAUGGAGGAGAGAAGUGGCCACAUCAAAAAGAAAUAAAGGCGAAGCUUACAUAGAUGCAAAGGGAACACACAUUAAUGCACGGUCAAUUAAAUCUGGCUGUGAAGGGAAAUGUCGCUAUCAAUGCAAACAAAUUCAAGAUCAAAAACAAUCUCAAAUCUUCGAAAAAUAUUGGAGUAUUGGAGACGUUAAUAGACAGCGACAGUAUGUAGCCAGUUACAUAAGCUUGUCACAACCACAGUAUAGGCGGGUUAAAGAAGGAACUACAAGAAAUGUGAAUUACGAGUAUUACUUUAAAGUAGAUGAGAUGAAAUACCGUGUUUGUAAAACAUUCUUCAUGGAUACUCUGAAUGCCGGGGAUAAAAUGAUUCGAAAUACUAUGAAGAAAACUUGCAAUGGUGUUGUUGUAGAAGACAUGCGUGGUAAACACAGUAAUGAUCCUACAAUUAGAGAGGACAUCAGGACACACAUUAAUUCCAUUCCACGAAUUGAGUCUCAUUACCUACGAAAGCAAACAUCUAGGGAAUUUAUCAGUGGUGGGAAAACAUUAGCUGAUCUACAUAGAGAUUAUGUGAAAAUGUGUCAGGGACAUGGAAGAAGCCAUGGGACGUAUGCCGCUUACAGAAACAUUUUCUUGACAGACUUCAACAUCAGUUUCUUUGUCCCUAAGAAAAGAUCAGUGUGCUUUCUGUGAGAAAGUGAAAAAUGCAGAGGAUAAGAAAAUAUUGGCAAGUAAGUACAAAGGCCAUAGAAAUGAAAUAGAGUUGAGCCGAAAAGAAAAAGCUAGGGAUUCAGAACUUUCAAAACAGGGUAAAUGUGUUCCUGCUUGCUUCAAUUUACAAGCAGUACUUCCGACACCUUGUGGUGACGUUUCUGCUUUUUAUUAUAAGCAACAUUUACCUGUUCUGAACUUUACUAUUUAUGACAUGGGAAGGAAUACUGGACAUUGCUACGUAUGGCAUGAGGGUGCUGGCAAAAAAGGCCCUAUUACAAUUUAUGCAAAAUUACUGUGAUAAAGAUGAUGUUUGUUUUUACUCGGAAAAUUGUGCAGUCAAAACAAAAACAAAUACAUUGUUGCCUUGUACAUGUAUGCUGUUCCAUUUAUAAUAUUGCAAGUAUUACACACAAGUAUUUAGUGACUGGGCACACACAGAAUGAGGGCGAUCACUUACAUUCUCUGAUAGAAAAACAGAAAAAGCUUGUGUUUGAAAGUGGUCCCAUUUCUGUACCUUCACAAUGGAUAACUGUCAUCCAAAUGGCCAAAAAGAAAGGUGAUCCAUUGAAAGUAACUGAGAUGGAUACCCAAGAUUUCAAAGAUUUCAAAAUGUUCUCAAAGUUCUACGGAACCAACUUUUCAGAGAAUACUGACAAGGAUAAAAUUUCUUGGCUUAGUAUAAGGAAGUAAAGGUAGAAAAAUAAAAGCCUUUCCAGUUUUCCUGCAAGACAAGUUUUGAAGGAACGUCUAAUAUUGUCCUCACUAGAAAAGUGACAAGAGGCAGACCUUUAAUACCAAACCUGAGCUGUGUAUACACCUCCCCACCAGGCAUUAAUGAGGCAAAAAAAGGACCUAUUAUCUCUCUGUGAAAAAGGAAUUAUAAAAGGCCAUCAUCAGUCAUUUUACAGCAAUCUAGCAGUAGUAUCAUCAAAUGAUAAGUGAAGUGUUGACCCAUCUGAUUCAGAAUAGACCAUUUUGUUAACAUGUUCCAAAUACCUUUUCAGUGAAAACUAGAUUUUUAUUUUCAUUUUUCCUCUUGUAAUAAUGCUUUGAAAGAAGAUUACUAAUGAAAAACCAUGCAUGGUCGCAAUUUGUUAAUAAAGUAAUACAUAGGCCUACUUAAAAAACCAACAAAAACGAGUAAGAGUAAGUAGGUGUAAAAGGUCUAAUGUGCACAGAGAUGUUUUUGUUUGAAUGCUAAUAAUAUAAAUUGAAAUUAUUUGUAAAUAAGUCACACAGAGUUAUUCAUAGUGAAUGAUAAUGUUAACCCAUAAAAUUUGAACAUAAUAGGUAGAUACAUAAAAUAUCCAUAAACAUAGAUUUAUGUGUACACUCAUGUGUCUAUAGUUAAUGUUUUUUUUUUCAAUAAGGCCGUAAGUGCUAAAAAAAAUUAACAUUAAGGCCUAAGCACUUGUUAUAAUUAACCGUACAAGCAGUAUUAUAUUUUAUAUGGAAAUAAAAAAACUGUGCACCAAUAUUAUAUUAUGAUUUUUUAUAGCAUUUUUAAACUUUAAACUCUUUUUCCCACAAUUUAUAUUUUAGCACAUGUGGCCCUAUUGUAUUCAACGUGUGAUUUAUCAAUGCCAAUAUUAAUUUUACUUGUGUUGAGUUUAUGUGGCUUGGUUUAAAAAUACAUCUAGAGCAAUCAACUAAUUAAACAUUAUGCAAUUGUUUGGUUUAAAUAAUAUUUGAAAGUUCUGCUGAAAAAAAUACAAAGGUUGCAGCACAUCAGUGUCUUUUAUGAUGCAGCAAAAAUGCAGUGUGUUUUAACACAAUUUUAUUAUUUUGUUUUUUAUUGCCUCUACUUUAACUCUACAACUUAUUAAAAAUAAUUAUUUUCCUCGAAACUUAAGUUAUCCAAUAAAUUAUAUUUUACUCAGACUGUCCACUUAAAAAAAAAAAACUUUUCCACAAGCUACACAUAACAUUUAAAUCUAUGUGAAGCAAUAUGUCUUCAGAUGUAGUUACAUCCUCAAACUUAACAAAAAUGAAUUGUAUGCGGUCAAUAAAAUUAUACUGUAUUUUUAAUUGUUUUCUACAUUAAAACCAAUUUUAAGAAUUGUCUUAGAAAUAUUAAGCCAGUCACCAUAAGAUACUGUAAAACAACCACUUUACAGAGAAAUAUGUUAUGUUAUGGUGCUUGAAUAAAUAACGAAGUAUAACUUACAUGGUAUGUGCAUCAUAUGAUACUGUACACAACAAUGGAGCAUUGUUAAAAAUAAUUUCAUUUACUUAAUUAUGUUUUAUAUUUUGCAGAUAUGGUAUAGCCAUGUGGCGUACAAGUAAAAUAUAUUUAAUCAUGUUUGUCAGCAAAUAAAAUGACAAGAUCGCAUAUUCGUUCCUGAUCAUACAUAACAAUUACAAAUUUCUGUAAUAUUGCUAUCAUUCCUGACCAUCAACCAAGAUUCAAAAAGGAAUACAAACGAUUUAUUAUUCUGAUUUAAUAUAUUAAAAUUAUCACACACACACACCUAAACACACACACGCGCACAGAGAGAGAGAGAGAGAGAGAGAUAAUGAGGCAAUGUAAACAACUUUCUGAGAAGUUUUUCUUCUGAAUUUUAUUUGAAAAAUUUAAAGCAGCAUACAGUUUUUAUGAUUGUUUAAAAAUUCCUAAUCAGAGGUGAAUUGUAAUGUGAUAUGUGAUAAUUAUUCAUUUAUGAUACCACAUAGGGCAUAUAUUUAGAUUUUUUUAGUAAUCUUUGUUUUUGUAAAAGUAUAACAUCUUGUCAGGAUAUUGCUGACGUUGACGAGAUAGAAGUUGAAAACUCUGGCAGCCGUACAUGUUUACGUAGCCCUGCAAAUAUAGCAAGCACCAGCUCAUCCAUGCAAGAGGACACUUGUACAAGUUCAUCUUCCAAAAUAAGUGAUGAAACUGAUAGCAGUGUCGUUAUCCUAAAGAAGAAGCAAACUACUUUCACAGAUUAUCUGAAACGAAGAUCAAGGCGGAGUGAAAGACGCAGCCAUCACACAAGUUUUGACAUACAUGAUCUGUAAGGAUAAUCUUCCUCUUUCUACUGUGGACAAAACUGGUUUUCAAAAAUUUAUGAAAAUUGUAUGUCUUCUUUACAAGAUUCCAUCCCGACCCACAAUCACCAGAUUACUGGAAAAUCAGUACUUUUCUAUCAAGCAAAUUAUAAUAAGUAAAUUAGCAACAGCUAAGUAUGUUGCCAUCACGGCUGACAUGUGUACAGUACUGAAUUCUACUAGAAGUUUCCUUGUGAUAACCGCACACUUUGUCGAUGAGUCUGAUUCCACUUUCCAAUGUGUUUGCCUAGGAUCAAUUCAAAUGACCCAGAGUCACACCGGCGAGCACAUUGCAGAAGAGCUAGAAAAGUCAACAAAACUGUUUGGGAUAGAAAUAGUAAGAUAGUGUCAAUUACCACAGAUGGAGCUUCGAACAUGGCAAAGAUGUUAGCAGGAGCACACCUGGAAGUGGUCUCUGAAGUCAUUCAGGUUCUUAAGCAAUUUAAAGAAGCCACAAGAAAAAUAUCUGGUAAUAAAUAUAUCACAGGGAACACUGUUCUGCCAAUUGUACACUGUAUAAAUGAAUCGUUGAAGGAAAUAAAAUCCAAGACCAAGACAACCAUUGCAACAAACCUUAUAGUGCAACUCCAAGAUGGAAUUCAAAAAUGUCUUUUGCCUUUAGAAAACAAUGUUUUGCUUUGCAUUUCCACAAUUCUCGACCCCCUUUUAAAAGACUGUAUACUUUUACGCCUGUUGCUAAUGCAGCUGCAAUAACAAAGCUGUGCCAAGACAUUAAAGAUGAGACACUCAGGCUAGGUAUAACCUCUGUGGAAGCCGAUGAAGGUAAUCUGUUACCAUAUCAACACCAGCUGACAAAAGAUUCUAUUUGGGACAAGCAUGAAGAGAGAAUUAAAAAAUUGUGAGACCUCGAUUGUAGACUCACAGUCACAAGGUGCAGUCCCUUUUAAUUUCAAACUAUAUUUUAGUACCUCUUGUAUUCAAAGAAACAGUGAACCUGUCAAAUUUUGGACAAGCAGGAUAACAAGUACACCUGCUCUGGCCAAUACAGCACAUAAGUACUUGACGGUUGUAGGUUCGUCAGUUGCCUCAGAAAGAGCUGUCUCAGCUUUGAAUCCUGUUUUGAGUGAAAGACGAAGCCGUCUGACUUCAGAGCAUGUAAACGAAAGAUUGUUUUUGGCAUGUGUUGAUGACAAAUAUUGGUGAAAGUUAACUUAUGUGUUAAGGAGAGUUAUGAUUUAACACACUUUUAUUAGGUUCGUAGUUAAAUUUGUACAAACAAGUUGUAACCAUGUGUUCUUAAUUAAUUUGAUUGCAAACACAAUUUGGAAUUAUACAGUACAUCUCAAUCUAGAUUGCCGGUCAUGUUUAAUCAAUAUUGCAAAUUGUGUCACUUUAGUGUUGUUUUAAACCAUGUAAUGUGCUGUAAACAAUCUAUUGUACUUGCAGUGUCAUAAAUGGUUAAGACCUUUUUGUGUUUAAUGUGGUGUUAUCGAACUAGUAAGGUUUUUAAUAUUAAAUGAGCACGAAACUUAAAAAUGAAGGUUCAUCCCCCAAAAAAAUUAUUUGACCUCGUUUUUAAAUUCAUGGGACAGUUUUGUGUAUUUUGUAGGGUAUACUAUUCACGUUGUACUAUGAAAAUAAUGAUAUUGUACUUAGAGUGUUCAUAUAAAACCUCAGUAGAUUUGUACACUCGUACCUAUAGUCAAACUGUUAUGUACUUUUUUUAUUCUCGGCAGUCUUUCUUGUUUAGAUUACUAUAUAUAUAACAUACAUAGAUACAUACAGUAGCAAUUACUUUUACCCGAGUUUACUCUCGCCAAGUUGUAAUUUUAUUUUCUGCAGUCAGUUAAUGUUUUAGUGUACCUCUAUUUCAAUGAAGAAAAAAAGCACCAGUUACAUAAAAUAAUAGAAGAACAAAAGCAGCCAGUCCACCAUUUAUGUGAUUUUCCAUUAUUCAUCAAACAUUAGGAUAGCAAUUUGAUGCAUUGUUAUUACUAUUUUUAAAAAAUAAUAAUCAGAAAUGAUUGUAAAUGUUAUUUUUUUUGCUAGGCAACACAGUAUGUAUUUUUGCUGACUAUUGUAACCUAAAAUAGUUUUGUAACCAUGUAUAUACUUUGGGUACUUCACUCAACUGCUAUAAAAAAGGCAUUUUUAUUAAAAAUAUAUCAUCAAUCAGAAAUUAUAUUAAAAUCAUUUAUUAUAGCACCAACUGAAUAUGACAAAGUUAGUUUCACUGUCGAACUGCUAUAAAAAAGGCAUUUUUAUUAAAAAUAUAUCAUCAAUCAGAAAUUAUAUUAAAAUCAUUUAUUAUAGCACCAACUGAAUAUGACAAAGUUAGUUUCACUGUCCAAAUAUUUUGAUUUCACCUGUAUGUAAAACAUCGAUUCUUACUUUAGUCAUCCAAGAUCAAGAAUUUAUUAUUUUUGGAAAUUACUGAAUAAGGCCGGUAUUCCACUGUAAAGUAUUUUAUAAAACGUCUUUGAACAAGAUACUUUGAUAGUGUAAUAGGCCAUCUUUCGUAAAUUAUUACAUUUAUAAAAUUUAUUUUAUAAAAAGUAAUGGGUUGGCAUUACAUUUUAUAAAAGCAGUUAUCCAGUUAACUGUUAAGAUCGUGUCACGGUUGUGAAUUUUCUAAAUGGCCACACAGCCCACAAAUAAGUAUUCUUAGAGUGUGGACACAACGACAAAGUUUAUUUCUUAGUGCAAAUGUUUCAUGAAAUGCUACACAAUGCAAAGUACGAAGACUACUAAAAUAGAAAUAAAAAUAUGUUAUAAACACAGUUAAACCUGGUUGUACUAUCCUAGACGUAAAAAAAAUUCAAUUAAAUGUGGUUAAAAAGUGUAACUGUUUAAUGAACACUUAAUACCCUUUACACUACAAUGAAAUGUUAGAUGAAAUUCUGAUAAACGGGAUACUUCUUUGACAUAUAUCUUUUACAUUGUGUACAUAAAGCCUAAAACUUUUAUAAAAUAAUCACUCUUCAAAUAUUUUAUUAAAAUAUGAAAAAUAUAUUUUAUAACAUAUGUGUUAUAAAAUAUUUGACAGUGGAAUACCAGCCUAAAACUGAGGAAUACUGUAUUAUUUGUGCAUUUAUUUUUGCAGUAGAAAAAAAAGGAUAUCGUAAAAUAUUAACGUCGAUAUAUCGUAAUAUCGAUUAUUUUUCCAAAAUAUUCAUGUUGAAUAUUUGAAUAGUUUUAUAAGUAAUCUCUAUCCUAAACUGUGUCCGAAGGACACUCGUUUCUGAUCGGUCCACGUGACCCUCUGACGUCAUGCGUCAAGUGGGCGAAAGUCCGAACCUACCUGGUCCGAAGACAUUCGUCAAUUUGAACUUUUUGUCUCAGCCUGUGUACUUCGGACACAAAAACAGAACAGAACACUCACGAUAUUUGAAUUUCCGGUUACCGUUUGAAACGUGGUGUUUGUUUUUGUUAUUGAAGGAAACGGAAGGUGUUGUAAGUCAAGAAGAGCAAGACGACAUUUUAAUUAGUGCUGCCCGAUUGCGACCUGCGCUUUUCAACGUAAAAUAUGCAAACUUCAAGAAUCUUAGGUUUAAAGAGAAUGGUUGGAGUUCUUUGGGUGAAGUUGUUGGGUUGAGCGGUAAGUACCGUUUCGCAGGUUAUGUUUUUAUAUUUGUGUCAAUGUGAGUAGGCCUCAGGAACCAGCAUAUAAACUGAAAAAAUAAAUCUUGCUGUAGGCAAAUUAAUUGAUCCUUAAUCAAGUUGUAUCUGAGCAGUAAUUAUCAGUUUACAAGAUUUUACAGCAUUUUGUGGUAGCAGAGUAGAUGUAAAUAAUAGUUCAUACUAUAAAUGAAUUGAAAUGUUUCCCUUCUAUUUAUAUCAAAAUAAAAGGUUACAAAAUGAAAAAAAAUUAGUUAAUUAAUAUUAAGGUAAUGCCUCAAAAUUAUGAAACUCCCCACUACCGAAGGUGAAAUUAACCAUAUGCGAUAAUUUGCUUCAAAAAAAUUUGUACCAACACUACCAUUAAUUAUUAAUUUUAAAACUGCCUGAUGUUUAUUUAAUAUUAGGUCAACUUAAACUAACCUAGGUAGCUACCAAAUUCAAAAUUAUUAGGCUGUGUUAGGUGAAUGUAGUACUUUGCAUCAAUUUAAUUGGGAAUUCCACAUAUUUAAACAGUUAAGAUUCUGUAUUUGAUCCAUAUUGGCUGUAAGUUAUUCGCAAUUUAUAGGCUCCUAACCUAGAAUGUUGUUUUGACACCAACUUAAAAAGUGAUGUUAGUUGGGUGUAACUGAAAUAAUUGAAGAUUCUGCUUCGACAUCUUUCUUGAGAAAUUCGUGGCUGACAUUUAACAUUGUAUGUUUGGUGCUUGACUGAGUUAAAAACUUUUACCAAAAAAUUAAAAUGCUUAUAAUUUUUCUAUUUGUUAUGGGGUAAAUAAAUGUGUGAAUACAGUUUUAUUCGUACUGUAAUUCGGCUGGUACUAAUUUUUGCAGGUGAAGCAGCAAAACGUAGGUGGCUGAACUUAAAAGACAACUUCACGAAGUACCACAGACAAAAGCAGUCAGAAGCACGUUCUGGCUCUGCACGUCUAUCAGAAGAAAUGUAUCCUCCACAGUACCAAAACAUGCUGUGAUACCUAAAACAUUCUGUUGUGAAGAGAAGGUAUGUGCAUUUCUGACAUAAACAUAACACUAACCAGAAAGAAGAUGAAAUAAGAAUUUAUCUCAGUGAACCGCGUUUCCCAAGAAGUGACGAUCCACUGGGUUGGUGGAGAAAUCAAGGAAGUAAAAAAUAUCCAAACUUGUCUGUUGUAGCUGCAAAAUAUUUAGGGAUUCCUGCCACUCAAGUGAGUUCUGAACGAAUGUUUUCAGUGGCAGGUAGUGUUGUUACCAGUAGAAGGGAAUGCCUUCUCCCUCAACAUGUUGAACAUUUGGUGUUUUUGAAGGCAAAUUUAAAAUGACAUUUGAUAUGUUUAACAAUAAUAACAAAUAAUAACAAAUCUUUAGAUAGUUCAUUUUUUUUUACUUAAUUGCCUAAAAAACA